AUUCGACACCGCUUCCAGUUCAGGCCCAGCCAGACCCCCAGCCCGAGCGAGUACGUGGCCAAGAUGAAGAGAAAGAUGGCCAAGAGGCUCGGCAGCCCUCUGGCCGUGCUCAACUUCUUGCUUCCGAUCACGAAGCAGCUCAACAACUACACGUCCGAGAAGUUGGCGAGAGACGCUGUCGUGGGGUGCACCAUGGCGACCCUUAUGAUACCACAGGGGCUGGCUUUCGCGACCGUGUCUGGCAUCCCCAUCCUUUACGGGCUCUACAUCGUGUGGGCCCCGCCCUUCUUCUACUCGCUCUUCGGGGUCAGCCUCCACGUCAGCUACGGCCCGUUCGCCCUCGUGGGGCUCUUCAUCAGCGACGCGCUGCGCAUCCGGGGCUACCAGCCGUGCGACGGCCUGUGCCGCGACCAGCCGGAGGAGACUAAGAGAGGAUGAUCGUUUGUUGUGCAUGCUGUUGGUCUCGUUGUUAUUGGUUUUUUGUUACAAUGGUUGUUGUUGAGACCACCUUUAUAAAGGUUGAAACUCCCCAACGUCUGUCGAGGACGAUGCCCUCUUUUCCACAAUGGCGUCGACGAAGAGAUGUCAGCGUGUCUGCUUUUGGUUGCUAAAGACACGGGUUCAAGACCUGCUGCUCACCUAAUUUUCUUCCGGAGUACGGAAAAAAGAAAAACGGUGGGUGGGCCAAGAAACGAUGCACUGUCUAUCGAACUCGAAACUUCUGGCAAUGCGUGGCGGAAGUGACGCACCCGCACACACGCACAGAACAUGGUUGGAAAAACGGUGGUUCUACUCGCCGCCAGCCGGUCGGGUUCCGGUUACCCCAAGAAGACUGCUCUUGCCUAGCAAA